AUGGAAGAACAAGAAAAUUCUUCAGAAGAAGAGCUAAAUGAAAUGGAGAAUAAACUGGAAGGAAUAAACAUUAGUCUUGAUGAAGCAGAAGAUUGCAUCAGUGAUUUGGAAGACAAGCCACCUAAAACACUUUUGUGGAUUACAGGGGAAGCCUCAGAUAUUAUUUACUUUGGAACAUCCAAGAAACGGUUAUCAACCUUGAAGUUUAUUGGGCAAUAUGGCAAUGGUCUUAAAAGUGGGUCCAUGAGGAUUGGAAAAGACUUUAUUCUUUUCACAAAGAAGGAAGAAACGAUGACCUGUGUGUUUUUUUCUCAGACAUUCUGUGAAGGAGAAGGUCUGAGUGAGGUUGUAGUUCCAAUGCCUUCAUGGUUAACAAAAACCAGAGAAUCUGUCACAGAUGAUCCUCAGAAAUUGUCAACGGAAUUGUCUAUAAUUUAUAAGUACUCUCCAUAUAAAACCGAGGCUGAAUUAAUGCGGCAAUUUGAUUUAAUCUAUGGGAAAUGUGGUACUUUGCUGGUUAUUUAUAACUUGAAGCUUCUGCUCAGUGGAGAACCAGAGUUGGAUGUUAAAACUGACAAGGAAGAUAUACUGAUGGCCGAAGCUCUUGAGGAUUUCCCAGAGAGAUGGUCAUUCAGAGCCUACACCUCUGUUCUGUAUUUUGACCCUUGGAUGAGAAUAUUUAUUCAGGCCAAAAAAGUCAAAACAAAACACCUAUAUCAUUGCCUCUAUACACCCAGAAAGUAUCUGUAUAUCACAUCUUCUUUUAAAGGAGCAUUUAAAAAUGAAGUUAAAAAGGCAGAAGAAGCAGUAAAUAUUGCUGAACUCGUAUUGAAAGAUGCUCGAAUUAGGGUCAACCAGCCUGAUAGAACUCCCUUGUCUUCUCCUGCCAAGGACGCAUUACAGAAAGCUUUGGAAGAUGUGGAAGCAAAGCGUAAGAUUCUUAAAGAGAAACAGAGACAAUUAAAAACAGCAAGGACACUCUCUCUAUUCUUUGGAGUGAACAUCGAAAACCGAAACCACGCUGGGAUGUUCAUUUACAGUAAUAACCGCUUGAUCAAGAUGCAUGAAAAAGUGGGCCCACAGUUGAAACUGAAGUCCUUGCUUGGUGCAGGUGUGAUUGGGAUUGUCAAUAUACCUUUGGAGAUCAUGGAACCAUCUCAUAAUAAGCAGGAAUUUCUCAACGUCCAAGAAUAUAAUCAUCUACUAAGAGUCAUGGGACAGUUCUUGGUCCAGUACUGUAAGGACACCGGGAUCAGUAAUAGAAACCUAACAUUGUUUUGGAAUGAAUCUGGAUACCAGAAUAACAAGGACACAGAGAGGUCUUUAGAGUCUAUUCAGUAUCAAAGAAGACAAGCCAUGGCCAUCCCAUUCAUCAUUCAGUGUGAUCUUUGCCUUAAAUGGAGAGUCUUGCCUCCCUCUACUGAUUAUGAGGAAAAAGAACUUUUGGACAUCUGGAUUUGUGCCAAUAACCCUAACCUCUCAGAAAACAGUUGUCAUCAGGUGGAACGCUUACCUUCCAUCCCCCUGGGCACCAUGAGCACAGUAUCACCAUCAAAAAAUGAGAAAGAGAAGCGACUUCAGGAGUCAGUCCGAAGGUAUCAGGAUCAACUGGCAGAACAGCAGCUGAAGCCUCAAUUUAUACCAACAAGCAGGAUCCCUGAGUCCACUACCAUCUGCCAGAUUUCAGCACCUAAGGAAAAUACAAAACCUCGGAAAAUCAGGCCUUUGAGUUAUGACUUGAAGCAUGAGUCUCUUGCAUCCUCUGAGCUCUCCGCUGACCAAAGAAGCUGGAAGAGUAAAACGGAAGGGACGGACUCUGAUGUGGAGUUCGUUUCAGAAACUAAAGUGAUGAAGUCUACAAGGAAGAAAUCAGAGCCACAGCAGAGACACCCAGCCGCCCUCCCAGAAAAGGUCAGACUCACUGAAAGAUCCCAGGCCUCUUCUUGGGAAAUGAAAAGGAAGCAGAAUCAGAACCUUGUGCAAGGAUGUCAGGAUUUGAUUGAAGUUGAAACCAGCAACAGUGAUCAAGAUAUAAUCCUGGUUUUAGAUCAAAGUGGCAGCAAUGUUUUCUUGAAACAUGAAAAAAAGGAAGGUCCUCUUAUGAAAAAAGAAAAACAAGAGCAGUGCAGUGACAUUGCAGAAAUAAAGAGAAACUCUUCAUUACCUAACUGGAAAAGACUUAGCAACAUACCAGUGGGAAACUUAUGUCCAAGUUCUGGACAUAAACCCAGAGUUGCUGUGAGUAGUGGCUGUGAAGUUGGUUCUUCGCUGACAAAGUCUUCUCAGAGCCCAUCUGUCAAGGAAACAGUAAGAAAACUGACAUCUAAUUUAUGGGAGAUUAUCCUAUAUUUCUUUCCUGAGUAUCAGCUACCAUCAGAAAUUGGCUACUCAUCUGUGGAGGAAUUUGUGGCAAGCUUGGAGCUGGAGCAGUGCACAGAGCAGACAAACAGAAAGCUGAAAAUGUGUUUCCAACAGAUCCAGGAUGUAUACAUGGCCCAAUAUGAAAAAAACCUGAAGAGAAAAAUGCAGUCUAUUAUCUAUGAUGCCAACAUAAGAGGAGUGAUUAAUGAAAUAUCUCUGAUGCAAUGUGAACAAAAAAGAAAAGUUGCUGAAGAUAGACUGAAUAAUCUUCGUGUAAAACUGGCAGCAUUGCUGCAGAAACUGCAGCUGGGAGGUCCAGUAGGAGACAUGGAGCAGUUGGAUAGUUACUUAGAAGCUUUGCUUAAAGAAGGUCAUCUUUUGGGGAACGCUUUCAGUAAAGGGAGUACAGAUGCAGGACAUGAUCUCCCUUUAGGGAACAAUGAAAGUACUUCUCAAAACUAAAAGUCAGAAAAGCCAUUCCUUUCUUUAAAAUGCUAAUAAGAAAAAGGAAACUUACUUUCAAAAAAAUAUUUCCUCUUGUACUUGUUAUUGUGAAGUUCGUCCUGUUUGACACUGAAGAAAUUGUACUAGUUAUACUUUGGAAAUGGAGAGUGAUGAACAAUUUACAUACUUCCCGUCCUACUCCCUAACUCUUUCUGUUCUUUCAGAAACUAUUUCUUGAGUUUUGUAAUUCCCAUGUGAGCAACUAAGAAAGAUGGAAAUGCCAUUUAGGCUUAAAUUUUGGUUUUAUUUAAAAGACUGUAAAAACUGGAAAACAGUGAUUAUCAAAAUCUAUACACAAAGAACUACAGAAUCACCUCCUUCUGAAACUUGUGUUAAAAAAGACAGGAAUUAUGCCCUUUCUCCACCACAGCUAAUACUCAACAGAAAAUACAAAUAUUCAAAAACCUUUGAGCUAUUGUAUAGAUGUCAUAAUUUUCUUAUUGAACUAUUGUAAAAGAAACACUCUUCUAAGUAUGAUAUG